UCAAAAGGAAUGUAAUUCACAUCAGGUGCAACACCACAUCAUUACCACCGGUCCACCUAUUAGCGCCAGGGCGAGGAGACUAUCGCCAAGCAAGUUACAAUUAGUUAAAAGAGAAUUCGAACAUAUGAUGCAACUUGGUAUUAUCAGACCAUCCAACAGCCCUUGGGCCUCGCCGUUACACAUGGUACCAAAGAAGGACCAAGAUUGGCUUCCGUGUGGUGACUGUCGACGAUUAAACAAUCAAACCAUUCCCGACAAGUACCCAAUCCCACAUAUACACGAUUUUUCAUUAAACCUACACGGUAAAUGCAUUUCUUCGAAGCUCGACCUAGUGCGAGCAUAUCACCAAAUUCCAAUGACACCGGAAGACAUUGAGAAAACAGCCAUAAUAACACCUUUUGGUUUGUUUGAGUUUCUAAGGAUGCCAUUCGGAUUAAAAAACGCUGCUCAGACAUUCCAACGCUUCAUGGAUAACGUAACAAGAGGCCUUGAUUUCGUGUUUGCCUACAUCGACGAUGUUCUGAUUGCAAGCUCAUCUUUAGAAGAGCAUAUCCAACAUGUCCAGAUCCUUUUUGAUCGUUUUAAAAUACAUGGCGUCGUCAUCAAUCCUUCGAAAUGCAUAUUCGCAGUCCCAGCCUUACAGUUUUUGGGACAUUACAUCGAUUCACAAGGGAUCAAACCACUUCAGACGAAAGUUGAAGAUAUUAAUAACUACCCCGAACCAACCUCGGUGAAGUCAUUACGACGCUUCCUCGGUAUGUGUAAUUUUUAUUGCCGCUUCUUACCACGUUGUGCUGAAGUAUUACAGCCAUUAACCGAUCUGCUGAAAGCCGACAAAAAAGGUACGAAGAGAGAGAAGAAUCAAACAUUCAACCUAUCUCUUGAUGCCCAAACAGCAUUUGAAAAAGCAAAGUCGAUGAUAGCUAAUCCCACCAUGCUACAACAUCUAAAUACUGACCCCACAACCCACUUAAUUCUGUGUACGGAUGCAUCUCAAAAAGCCGUCGGGGCAGUAUUACAACAACAGGUAAACAAUAUGUCUACUCCCAUAGCGUUUUUCUCAAAAAGACUGUCACCAGCCCAGGAACGCUAUAGUACUUUUGGACGGGAGUUACUUGCUAUCUACUUAGCCGUUAAACACUUUAACUUCUUACUACAAGGACGAACUUUCACCAUCAUGACCGAUCACAAACCUUUAUGUUACGCAUUCAACACUUCGUACGACCGACACUCACCUCGCGAAGCACGACAACUGGAUUACAUCUCCCAGUUUACGACAGAUAUCCAAUUUGUCAAAGGACACACCAACGUCGUAGCUGACGCAUUGUCACGUAAGGACGUAAAUACCCUGGUACGUAAACAAGAAAUCGAUCUAGAAACAAUCGCAAAACUACAAGUAGACGAUGCAGAUUUGAAGGUCUAUUGUACCAGGUAUGACUUUUCCUAAUGAUUCACAUAUUUCUAAUGAAAUUACUUGCAAUUCUGAGGAAAAUAUGUUAAAUGAACCUAAUCAUGAUCGAAAACCUGAU